UCAUUCUCCCAAAUGUCCCCCAACUUUACUGGGCUGAGGGCAAAGCCAGAGGCUGGGAACCUCAAUGCAGCUGGCAGAAAUCCAGUUACUUGAGUCAUCACUGUUGCCUCCCAGGGUCUGCCUUAGGAACUAGAGAUGGGUAUUGAAUAUAGUAACUCAAAUAUGGAAUGUGGACAUCCUAACUAGCAAUUUAAUCUUAAUAAAGCUAUAUGCCUUCCCCUGUUUUUGUUUUCUAAAUUAUGUGUGUGUAUUUUUUUUUUAAGAUUUAUUUAUUUAUUUGAAAGGUAGAGCUACAGAGAAGCAGAGAGAGAGAGAGAGAGAGAGAGAGAGUCUUCCAUCCGCUGGGUCACUUCCCAAAUGGCCGUAACGGCUGGAACUGAGCCGAUCUGAAGCCAGGAACCAGGAGCUUCUUCUGGGUCUCCCACAAGGGUGCAGGGGUCCAAGGACUUGGGUCCUUUUCUACUGCUUUCCCAGGCCACAACAGAGAGCUGGAUCAGAAGUGGAGCAGCCAGGUCUCGAACCAGUGCUCGUACAGGAUGCCAGCAUGGCAGGCAGUGGCUCUGCCAUGCCACAGCGCUGGCCUCUGUAUUAUGUGUUUUAAAAGAUUUUAAAAGAAUAAUACAAUGAACAUCCUAGUAUCCACUAUCCAGCAAAUUAAACGCCAUGAAAUCAUUUGAAGGUCUCUGGGUUCCGCCUUAUUGAUUGCAAAUCCCUGGACAUCCUUCAAGGGUAACCACUAAUGAAUUUGAUGUUCUCUGACUCAUAUACUCUUUAGAUAGCCUGUUACCACAUAAGAAACUUAUCAUAGCUGAGGUAAAAAUAUUGCAGUGGUCCUGUGGAAGGCUAAGGUGAGAAAGGUUCUCUCAGAUUUUUACUGUUACUGUUGAAAAAGCCCAGUUCAUCAUCUUAUCAGAGAUAGACUCUGAUACAAAGAUUAUUGUAUGUGCUGUACCAAUAAGUGGACAACUGUAGCAGAGUAAAUGUUUUCUUAAAGGUAGUAGAACUAUUAAGUUUGUAGCACUAGGCUAUAACUGUGUACAGUGCAUUUAGAUGCCUUGGCUGAUUUAGAUGUGUAGGCAGAACAAAUAGAAUAGGAAAAAUAUAGAGACCCUACAUUCCUGGUUCAGGAAAAUGGGUUGUGAAUUCUGAAAGAAGGGGUGAUUCUGGUACGAUUUGACUGUAGGCAAGGAACUAUUGAGACAAACAACACAAUGUGUCCAGGGUGGUGGUGAAAGACCUGACCUCCAUUAGAGCUGAAACUGAAGUCCUGCUCAGCAGCAGCCAGGGCCACUGCUGUCUGAAUUCAGUGGCUAUGUGAAGUGUCUAGAGCAGGAAAUGAUUUCAGGGCCCUAGGCGUGGAGAGGGAAGGGCUUGUUUUAGCUCUGGCCGAAGGUUUGCACAGUUGUGGGUGUCACUUUAAACAUACAAAGACCUGCUUGGUGGAGGAGGAGCAGCUUCUUCAGGAUCAGGUGCGCAUCUGAAGGGAUGAGCUCAUCCUUCUAACCAGACCUGCCCUAGACGCUGAAUGAGUGUUUUUCUAAUUGCAAGUCCCGCAGCUGGGAGAAGCAGGAAGUGAUUGAAGCUUCAGGCACUUUCUCUCUGGCACGGCUUGCUAUUCUAGUCUCAGAAGAAAGGAGGAGAAGAAACUUUCUGGAGAUCUGGACGGGACGAUAGAAGUUGGGGCACAUUAUGAAGAAGAACAUCAACAAAAACUCCAGAUAAUCUAAACCAACUUUUUGGCUUUGUGGAAUCUUUGUCAGUUGCUUAGAACUUGAAUUUUUAUUUCAGAGAAUGUUGGGACAAGACCACAGAGAACAAGGAGAGUUAUGUUGGAUUCCUGCUUAUCUGUGUGCCUCACCUUCUAGUUGGAAAAGUCUUCAUUCCACAAGAAGCAUUGUAAACAAGCCUGAAGAACAAGUCUUACUCUGAUCCUGGAUACCGCUGGAGUUGAGGAUUACAUCCAAUGCACCAGGGCUUUUGGAGGCAGUUGAAGAAAAAUUGAAGAAAUCUAUACUUGGGAUUUCUCUGUUUGCAUUAAUCCUGUGCCAUGUGACAUUGUUUGGAGCAAGUGAGGGCUGGUUCUCUCAUCUGGAUCUGAGAGGAUACCUGAGCCCCUUGAGUUUCAUGUGUGAUGCUUGGAAAGUUGUAAACUCAAAAUCUUUCAUGAUAAAUUCACUAAAUUCUGAAUUUCCUUUCCUUUGAGGACUUCGGCAGAUGAAAAUUCUCUGCCAUAAAGAAAUAAAACCUUCUCUGUGUUCUUAGGCUAAAUGUGAACAAUAAUGUCUUGGAAGAGAAAUUACUUUUCAGGGAGCCGUGGUAGUGUCCAAGGGAUGUUUGCACCUCGAAGCUCAACCUCCAUAGCCCCCAGCAAAGGCCUCAGCAAUGAGCCGGGGCAAAACAGCUGCUUCCUCAACAGUGCCCUGCAGGUUUUGUGGCACUUGGACAUCUUCCGACGUAGUUUUAGGCAGCUCACAACUCACAAGUGCAUGGGAGAUUCCUGUAUCUUUUGUGCUCUCAAGGGAAUCUUUAACCAGUUUCAAUGCAGUAAUGAAAAAGUGCUUCCAUCUGACACUCUGCGCAGUGCUCUGGCAAAGACUUUCCAGGAUGAACAGCGUUUCCAGCUGGGGAUUAUGGAUGAUGCUGCGGAGUGCUUUGAAAACCUCCUGAUGAGAAUUCACUUCCACAUUGCUGAUGAGACCAAAGAGGAUAUAUGUACUGCCCAACACUGCAUAUCUCACCAGAAAUUUGCAAUGACGUUGUUUGAGCAGUGUGUAUGUACCAGCUGCGGUGCCACUUCUGAUCCGCUGCCUUUCAUCCAGAUGGUGCAUUACAUCUCUACCACUUCACUUUGCAACCAGGCUAUUUGUAUGCUGGAAAGACGAGAAAAGCCUUCCCCAAGCAUGUUUGGUGAGCUACUGCAGAAUGCCAGCACUAUGGGAGAUCUGCGCAACUGUCCUAGCAACUGUGGAGAGAGGAUCCGGAUUCGCCGUGUACUGAUGAAUGCUCCGCAGAUUAUUACAAUUGGGCUGGUAUGGGACUCGGACCACUCAGACUUGGCAGAGGACGUCAUCCACAGCCUGGGCACCUGCCUUAAGCUGGGAGAUCUGUUUUUCAGAGUGACUGAUGACCGGGCCAAGCAGUCUGAACUGUACUUAGUAGGAAUGAUCUGUUACUAUGGCAAACAUUAUUCUACGUUCUUUUUUCAAACAAAGAUCCGCAAAUGGAUGUAUUUUGAUGAUGCUCAUGUCAAGGAGAUUGGGCCCAAAUGGAAAGAUGUGGUGACCAAAUGCAUCAAAGGUCAUUAUCAGCCUUUGCUGCUGCUUUAUGCAGAUCCCCAGGGAACCCCAGUAUCCACUCAGGACCUGCCUUCCCACGCUGAGUUCCAGUCGUACAGCAGGACAUGCUAUGAUAGUGAAGAUUCGGGGAGGGAGCCCUCCAUCUCAAGUGACACUCGAACAGAUUCCUCAACGGAGAGCUAUCCCUACAAACACUCCCACCAUGAGUCUGUGGUCAGUCACUUCUCUUCUGAUUCUCAGGGGACAGUCAUCUGUAAUGUGGAGAAUGACUCCAUGUCCCAGAGCAGUCGGGACACAGGACACCUGACUGAUAGUGAAUGUAAUCAGAAACACACAUCCAAGAAAGGCUCCCUGAUAGAGCGCAAGAGGAGCUCUGGCCGGGUGAGGAGGAAAGGCGAUGAGCCGCAGGCCUCCGGCUACCACAGUGAAGGAGAAACACUGAAAGAGAAGCAAGCGCCUAGGAAUGCCUCCAAACCAUCGAGCAGCACUAACAGGCUGAGAGAUUUUAAAGAGACAGUCAGCAACAUGAUUCAUAACAGACCUUCCCUGGCUUCUCAGACCAGCGUAGGCUCUGCCUGUGGGGGGAGAGCAGAGCAGCCAGACAAAAAAGCGCCUAGGAGCCUACCUUUACACUCUCGUGACUGGGAAAUAGAGAGCACCAGCAGUGAGUCAAAAUCCAGCUCUUCCAGCAAGUAUCGUCCCACAUGGAGACCCAAGCGAGAGUCUCUGAAUAUUGACAGUAUUUUUAAUAAGGACAAAAGGAAGCAUUGUGGCUACACCCAGCUUAGCCCCUUUUCUGAGGAUUCAGCUAAAGAAUUCACACCAGAGGAACUAAGCAAGCCACCUACUUAUGACAUUAAAGCUGAAGGACCAAGCCCCCAGUACAAGCCCUGGGGCCCAGUGCGACCAGGCUCUCACCUUUUAGAGCAGCACCCUCGCCUAAUUCAGCGAAUGGAAUCUGGCUAUGAGAGCAGUGAGAGAAACAGCAACAGCCCUGUCAGCUUGGAUGCAGCUCUGCCUGAGAGCUCGAAUGUCUACAGGGAUCCGAGUGCUAAGAGAUCAGUUGGCUUUGUCCCUUCUUGGCGUCAUAUCCCGAAGUCUCACAGCAGUAGCAUCCUAGAGGUGGAUUCCACAGCAUCUGUUAGUGGCUGGAAAAAGAGUCAGCCUUUCUCAGGUGGAGAGAUAUCUUCUAAAAGUGAACUGGAUGAAUUGCAGGAAGAGGUGGCCAGGAGGGCUCAGGAACAGGAACUUCGAAGGAAGCGAGAGAAGGAAUUAGAGGCAGCUAAAGGAUUCAACCCUCAUCCCAGCCGCUUCAUGGACUUGGAUGAACUGCAGAGUCAGGUGCUGGCCCUUUCAGGGAGGAGUGACGGCUUUGAGCGGUCCCUACAGGAGGCAGAUUCAGUGUUUGAAGAGUCGCUGCAUCUGGAACAAAAGGGAGACUGUGCCGCAGCUUUGGCUCUCUGUAACGAAGCUAUCUCUAAACUAAGACUUGCCCUGCAUGGUGCCAGCUCUAGCACACACAGCAGAGCCCUAGUCGAUAAGAAGUUGCAAAUCAGUAUUCGAAAAGCACGGAGCCUGCAGGAUCGCAUGCAUCAGCAGCAGUCAUCGCAGCAGCCGUCGCAGCCCUCAGCUUGCCUCCCCUCUCAGGGAGGGGCCUUCCCUCAGCUGACAAGUGAACAGCCUAUCCCGCUCCAAGUAUUGUUAAGCCCAGAGGCCCACUUGGAAUCCCACACGGAUACAGAGUUUGGGGCCAGUUCUUUCUUCCACUCAUCUGCUUCCUGCCAUGAGCCACGCUCAUCACUAUUCCCAGAAUCACUUGCGCCAUCUUCCCCACAGCACAAUUCUCCCAGUAGAUCUGCCUCAAAGAUUCUGACUUCAGUUGAGGUGGACAGUAUUGACCACUCUGCAUUCCAUAGGCAGGGUUUACCCAAACCAGCAGAGAGGACAGAGAAGAAUUCUCAUGGUUGGGUGCCGUUGGAUGCCUCAGAGGGUAAGCCGCAAGGCCACAGGGAUGAUGGCAACUGCAGCAAGUUCCCUCCACCAGAAGGAAGAGGCAUUGCUCAAGAACAGUUGCUCCAAGAAAAGAGAGAUUCUGCUGACCCAUCCCUGGUGAUGCCAGGGUCAUACCCAACUGGAAUAGCCACCUCUGAGAGAGAGGUACAUGCUCCAAACUGUAGCUCUUCAAGUUCAUCAGCUCAGCCCAGCCUUCCCCCAUAUAGGGCCUGCCAUCCCAUAAUGCCUGCUUCGUCUUCAUCUGUGCUUCAUUCUCCUGAUACUGUGCAGAAAACUAACCAAUGCCUCCAAACCCAAAGCCCCCAAACGUCACUGACUUCAAAAGUGGACAGAGGCAGCGAGGAGCCCUAUAGGCCAGACUUUCCCAGCAAAAAGGGACUUGUCCGUUCUCUGGCGGAGCAGUUCCAGAGGAUGCAAGGUACCUCUACGAGGGACAGUCCAGGUUCCCAGGACAGACAUUUGCCAAACAGUCUAAGGAAGAACUCUUCUCCCUCUAACUUUAAGCCUCCUGUCCUACAGGAUCAAGGGAAAGGUCAUUGUCUUUGGGCAAAACAGCAGCCCUCUGUGGAUGGAAGAGACAGGCUGCCUUCCUGGGAAGACCCUAAUGACCAUCCUCUUCUUGCCAUGAACUCUGGACUGUCUAAUGGUGAAACUUCUGGGAGAGGACAGCCCAGGUUGGUAGAGCCAUCUGUAUACCAAGGAAAGCUGUCCCAAGUAAGAGAAGCUAGGCCUAAGGAGGUGGGCAGCAGUAUCGACUUGGGGACUUCCUUGCCUCUGGAUUCCUGGGUGAACGUCACUAGACUCUGUGAUUCUCAGCUUGAACAUGGGGUUCCUGGGCCAGGAAUUAGGUCCUCCCCCCACAAUUCCCAUACCUGUGUAACCUAUUCAGAGAGAAAUCAUAUCCUUUUGCAUCCACAUUGGAACCAAGACACAGAGCAGGAGACCUCAGAAUUGGAGUCUCUCUACCAGGCCAGUCUGCGGGCUUCUCAAGCUGGAUGUUCUGGAUGGGGGCAGGAGGAUGUGCCCUGGCACCCCCUUAGCCAAAUAGGCUCUGCAGAUGGCAUGGGAAGGAGGUUGCACUCAGCCCCUGGUCCUGGUCUCUCAAAGACCCCAACAGCAGAAAUGGAGCACAGUCUUCAUGAAGCCAAUAUAGUGCCUGCAUCUCAGGCUGCAGCUUGCCGAGGCCACAGCAGGGAGUGUGGGGAGGAUGAACAGUACAGUGCGGAGAACUUUCGCCGCAUCUCACAUGGUCUCAGUGGCACCAUUGUCUCAGAGAGGGAGGAGGCUCCAGUCUCUAACCACAGUGUUGAUUCAUCAAACGUGAGGAAAAAGCCUUUGGAAACCGGGCACCGUUGUUCGAGCUCCUCUUCCCUCCCUGUCAUCCAUGACCCUCCUGUGUGUCUCCUUGGUCCCCAACUCUACCCUCCCCAGCCACAGUUCCUGUCCCCAGGUGUCCUGAUGCCCAGCAUGGCAGGGGAGCCCCAUAGAUCCCCAGGAACUUCAAGGAGUGUCCAGCAGUUUCUGGCUGUGUGUGACGGGGGUGAAACUUCCCAAGGGUUCAAGUACACAGGAAGGACUUUGAACUACCGGAGUCUCCCUCAUCGUUCCAGAACAGACGCCUCCUGGGGACCCUGGUUAGAGACCAACCAGCGUAUUGAGGCCAGAUUCAUGACUACUCCAGGGUGCAAGCCUCAGCUAACCCACACUGCCACAUUACCAGAAAGAAGCCAGGGCCUGCAGGUUCCUCAUGCUCAGUCCUGGGGAGAUCUGUCCCAUUCACCUUCCCUGCCUCCCGUUGUUCUCCCUGUGUCCCCACCAUCCAGCAGUCUUCAUGUACCCCUGAGGUCAGCUUGGAAUCCAGGUCCUGUUCCAGGGUCCCGAGCCCCUGGUCCUCGAAGAGUAGAUAUGCCCCCAGACGAUGACUGGAGGCAAAGCAGUUAUGUUUCCCAAUCUGGACACAGGAGGAGAGGGGGAGAGGGGUUUCUGUUUGCUCUAGCAGAUGCCCCUGGAAGAGAGCAGAACAGGGCUGGAGCCCUACAGCACAGCAGGUGGUAAGGGUCAUUGUCUUCCUUUGCUGGGACCACGCCUUUCUUCUAUGGCAGAGUUGGUACUUUGCAUCUCUGCCCAUGAUUGUGCUGUUCUCACCUCAACACAGAAUUGGCAGUUUCUCCUAGGGAUCCCAGGAACUUUGAAACUUGAGACCUGGCUCUUUUGGAGGGUAUAUUUGAAAUUCCACAUUCUAUUUCCCCUAGCAAAAGGAAGCAGCUGCUGUUUAAGGCUUUAUUUGAGCCACUUUAAAGAUUAAUCCAUAAUACUACUCUUGACACUAGCCAUUCCUUAGGAUCUUAAGGUCACCAUUUUAUUCCUGGAUAUUUUAUGCCCCCACCUCCAACUAAACCAUCAUCAUCUGUUCUCCACUGUGUUCCCAACUUGUAUGUUUUGUUUUUCCUAUCCAUCCUGCCUACCUGACCUGUCUUCUCAUCUAUCCUUAGAGGGAUAUGUAGCCCUGCGGUCCUGGUCCUGACCACAUCAUUCAGGACAGCACACCUGCCUGGAUGUUAUGGCCUCUCCACCUUCCCUGUGUUCCUAAACCUUAAACCUAGAAUGCAGAGCUGCCAAUAUAAUAUUUGCCCUUCUGAACAGAUGGAGUCAGACACACUAACACACCCUCCUGUCCUCAGCAGCAGAGCCAUUACUGCCACUGCUCAGUCACUGUUGUAAACCCUGAGUCAGCUGAACUAUUUUAGGCCAAGCAUACUGUUUUUGUAAAGUAUUUUUCAUUAAUAAAUCUAUAAGAUAGUUCUAUUUAA